CGGAGAGCACCACCGAGCGCCGCACAACAAGCCGAUCCACAGCGACGCACCACACCGGGGAGGACGCGGAGCGAGAAAAUACGCACCAACAGGGACGCAACAGAGGAAACUAAUCCGGACGGAGCAGCGUUCACCCCACCGACAGACAUGGGCGUCACCUUUCCCCCUCUGCUCUUAACUUGCCUUUACGUGGCGGCUGCGCUGAUUGGUGGAGCCCGCUCGGAGGGGGUGUGUCUUCAAGACGGCAAGCACAAGGCCACGCCCAGUCCGGAGCCGCACCUGACGGAGUGCGCGCUUUACGCAGACAAUAGCUGCUGCACAGAAGAACACAUCCAGGACAUCUCGUAUGUUCCCUCUGCCAGCAACAAGAACGAACCCUGGGACAAGUGUGGGCGUCUGAGCCCUGAGUGUGAAGGCUUCCUGAAGCGCGUGUCCUGUUUUUACCGCUGCUCCCCCGACGCCGCCCGCUGGCCUCAUCCUCACCGCCGCUCCUACAUCCAGGCCGUGCCGCUGUGCCACAGCUUCUGCCGUGAUUGGUUUGACGCCUGCAGGAUGGACCUGACGUGCGCUCGCAACUGGGCCAGAGACCCCCGAGGACAGAACUGCACUGGAACCUGCGUUCAGUAUCAGCAGAUGUACCAGCACGGCAGAGAUCUGUGCGAGAGCCUGUGGGGCGACGCCUUCAUGACGGUGGAGGACGAGCCCGAGGAGGUGGGUGAGGCCGGGGAGAUCGGGUCCGAGGGCGACGGCGGCCGCCCCUGCGGCUGCCUGACCCUCAGUCCCUCGGACAAGGACGUGAUCGCCGCCCUCAGGGCCCAGCAGGACGACCCCGAGGAGCUGGACACCACCAAGACCGGCCUGCCUCAGUACCGCGCCCCCUGCCAGACCAAGCUGCCCGUGCAGACCGUGAGCGGCAGGAAGGGCAACUCGGUGCUGCGUAAGCGCUCGGUGGAGGUGGAGGACGUGGAGGGCAGCGGGAGCGGCUUGUAGAUGAUGGUAGACGGUCAUAUAUUUAGAGGUAAUUGUCUAGAUCCUAAUAUUUAAAAAAACAAAACAACAACCAUCCUUUGAAACGGAGCUGCUCCUUUAACUUUCCACCCAAACCUAAGCUCUCAUUAUCAUCGUAUAACCACUGAGUUCUGAAUAUCUGGUGUAAGAGAGACUGAAAAGCUUUCAGCAAACAUCCGAUCAGUUAAAUGAACAUUAUAGGAAAAAUACGCCACAACAGUAUUUAAACUUCUAUUCUGCAAGGGCUCUGACUUCAAUAACCAACAUAUUGAUAAUCUCCUAUAACGGCUGCACAGAUGUUGCAUCGUCAGCUACCAAGAUGAUUUUUUUUUUUACCGGCUUUAUCUCGCUCACUCGACCUUAUGAGCUGAGUCUUGCACAUGAUGAAGGCCCGACACUAUCAGCGCUCCUGCAUGAAUCGUCCUCCACCUUAAGAUUUCAUGACAGUAUCGUACCUGCACCAGUACCUCCACCGCCGCCCCGCCGCCACCCGUCUAGCUGACUUCCAUCUGCGCGUUAGUCUCUUGUUAAAUGCAGAUCUUACCGUCGUGCUUGCUGUGCAGUCUGCUCGUCAUGAUAGUGGAGAAACGCAGAGUAACCAUAAUAAUAAUGAAUGUAACUUAGAUUUUCUUACGGAGACCUGAUCACGAGGGAUCUUGGUGUGGUAACGACAGCGGAGAGGUUUAACAUUCUGAAGCUAAAUCCGCCCGGCGGGGUGAAAACCCGCCGAGGCAGCACCGGAUGAGGUGGCUCUGGCAGUUUGGUCUCGUAUGGCCGAUGUACCGUUGGUGUUUCUUUGAUAAUCACGUAUUUCUAGAGUGAAACACUGUUUAGAUGUACAUGUUUUGUAAAAAAAAAAACAAGGAAAGAAGAAGUGACGUGCGGUAAGCUUUCUGAAAUGAGUGUUUCUGUGCUUUUUCUUUAUCAUUAAAGACAACAUUUCUAAAUGUCA